AUGAUAAAUGGUGCCAAAUACCAAUGUAUUUUCUAUAAAUAUAUCUAUACCCGCUGGUUGGAUGUUUGCCGAAUAUAUCGUUAUCCGGACCGGAUAUUGGAUGGCUUAGAAAUUCAACAGAAAAAAACAAAGACAAAGACAAAACAAAAAGAAUUGGAACGUAUGGGUAUUGAAAUAUUAUCAUUCACAAUUAAAGAUGUUUAUGAUAAUGUUAAUUAUCUGGAAUCAUUGGGCAAAGCAAUUGCCGAAAUCAAACGAAAUGCAGCCAUUGGUGUUGCCAAUGCUGAACGUGAUGCAGGCAUCAAAACGGAAUCAAAAGCAGCAAUGGAUGUAAAAUAUUCGGCUGAUGCUAAAAUCGAAGACGCUACACGUGAUUAUCUAACGCAGAAAGCAAUGUUUGAAGCCGAAGUUAAUGCAAAAAAAGCAGAAGCUAAUCUAGCGUUUGAUUUACGUUCAACACAUCUACAACAGGAAAUAUCGAAACAGCAAAAAUUCAUUGAACUAAUUGAACGAAAAAAAUUGACUGAAUUACAGGACCAGGAAAUUGUUUUGGCUGAAAAUGAUCUAAAAGCUAAAGUUAAUUUAUUAGCCGAUGCUCAAUUAUAUGAAAUAUGUCAAUUAACUGAAGGUAAAACGACAAAAUUAGCGGCAGCUGAAGCCGAUGCUGAACGUAUCAAAUUGAUUGGACAAGCAGAAUCAGAUGCGGCAGAAAUACGUGGCCGUGCUGAAGCGCAUGGAAUGUUGACUAAAGCUUCAGCAUUAAAACAAUUUGGUGAAGCUGCCAUAUUAUCAUUAACGUUGGAAAAUCUACCAAAAAUUGCAGCAGAAAUAUCGGCACCAUUAUCGAAAACUGAUGAAAUUGUUUUACUUAGUGGUGAUACUGGUAAUCUAACAAAAGUUGUUUCACAAAUUCCACCUACAUUACAAGCGAUGACCGGUAUCGAUGUGAAAAGACAUUAUCAAAAAUAA